UCUAGCUUUAUACAUACCGUAAAUAAGAUGAUGCGUUUUUGUCAGGUGAGAAAGGUUGCUUGGAAGAAAAGGCGCCUCUUCGUUUCAAUUCACCUGUAAUUAAAUUAUGCAUAUGCGCUGGAAAGUGCUUUCCUGACACGUAAGGGUAUCACCACCCCUGUUUGUAACACGUGCAUUGCCAUAGCGAUCGCCGAACGACGCAUAAAUAAAAACGCCCGCACCCCAAUGUAUGAAAGUUCGUCGACUAACUUGGCUCAGUUCGCUUCGGUAACGCGCAUGUUUCACUUUGUAACAGAUAUGUCAAACGUAGAAGGGAAGAGUUUCCGUGAGAAAAAACACGAUUUCAACCAAAACUUGAUCGAGCCGUCUAACUCGUUCGAACAAUUGUGCAAGAUGAUAAACCAAUUGGAAAAAGAUAACAGUAUCGAAACUGCGGAAUAUAAUCGAGUGGAUUUAUUGGCUACUGACAUAAAAUACGAUAUCAAUCGAGAGCCAGCGUUGCACAAGUAUCCGGAACGUAUUGAACCGGAAAAAGAUAUCACCGCAAAUAAAUGUGAUUCAAUUGCAACGACUUACGAAGACAUAAUAUCUUUUCUAGAAAACCUUGAAAAUGAUCAAGAUGUACAAGCGAAUAACGUCAUUGCGGAAAGUCCAGCAACUAUAAUUUCAUCGUGUAAAAAUCCUAGAAACGACAUACAAAGUAGUCGAAUUUUCGACUGCCAACAAGACGAUUUAGAGAUCGCGAGAUUGCAGAUUGAGGAAAAGAACGCGACAAUAGAAUGUUUAAAAAAUCAAUUAAAGUCCGAGCGAAAAGCAGCAUGCGACAAAGUAAUGUCACAAAAACGCUGCAAUGCUACCAAGAUGAAGGAACUGGAGAACAAGUAUAGGACAAUCGUCAAACGUCAUCAGAAGUUUAUCGAACAGCUGAUCGCCGAGAAAACGGAUCUCACGAAAAAAUGCGACUCUCUGGCGCGACAGAUAAAAGAUAUAGAACAGAAGAUCCAACGAGAUUUGAAAGUAAUUACUGAAAGACAUGCUGUCGAGUUGCAACGCGCGAAAGAAAAUAUAGCUGCGUCUGAAAAAAUUCGGCGCGAGAGAUGGUUGGAGAUGAAAACCUCGAAAAUUAAGGAAAUGACAGUGAAAGGAUUGGAACCAGAGUUGCAUAACAUGAUGGAGCAACAUCAACAAGAGAUACAGGAAUUGAGACGCGCUCAUAUAAAGGAAUUACAAGAUGCGGAAUUACGCGCGAUGCGUAGAUCGAAUCAACAAUUGGAGCAAUUGCGAAUUGAAUUAACAGACAACCAUGAGAAAAUGUUGGCCAAGGAGAAAGACAUAUUAAUAGCUAGAUAUAAAGAAAAACUCGAAGAGCAGGAGACACACUAUCAAGAGCAACAAAGAACAUUUGCGGAACAUUUCGAAAGAGAGAAGUCUAUACUUCUUGCAGAGCAAAAAAAACGCGACCAGGAAACAAGCGCGAUAAUGCAACAAACGCAGUUACAUUUUCAGAAAGAAACAGAAAUAUUAAAAGAGCAACAAGAAAUUGCUAAGAGAAACUUCGAGGAAUCCUUGAGAAAGGAAUGGCUUGCAUGGGCAGAUGAUUAUAAAAAGCAACAAAGUGCAAAUUUGAUAAAGGCAGAGACUGCAAUUCGUAAUGAUUAUCAAAAGGAGAGAGACAAGCAGAUAGAAAUCGCUAUAGCUAGAUUGGAAAAAGAAUCUCGCGAGAUGCGGGCUAAGUUGCAACAAAGUUUUGAUAAUAAAUUAGAACUAAUGAAAGAAGAUUACGAUGCAAAAUUACAAUCUGCAACUAAAAGUGAAAACAUUCAUAAAAAUAAAUUAUUAUUAUUAGAAGAAAGAUUUAAAUAUACAGAGACGCAAUUUGAAAAAACAGAAAAUAGAUUAAAAGAAUGCAUGACCAAUCUAAAUAAUAUGAAUGAGACAAUUGUAAAAUUGACUAAAGAAAGAGAUAAUGCAAAAGAGAUAGCAAGGCAGGAAAUUGAAACAGAGAAGAGAGACCUGGAAAAUAAGAUCGCAUCGCUUUAUCAAGAAAUAAUUCAGAAUAAUGCUAAUCGAGAUCAAUUUAUGGCACAAUUGCACAACAAGAUAAAAUUCGUAAUCACUCAAAAAGUUCUAACUAUAAAGAAUCUCGAUAAAAAACUCCAUGACGUUAACUCAAAAUGCAAAUACUUGGAAAAAUUGUUGGAUCAGCAGAGAAAAGAAUAUAUUUUGCAAACUUUGUAA